AUGGCUCCCCGCAUCUGGACUGCGCUCUGCGCGCUGACUGUUGGCUCGACUGUGUUGGCCGCACCACAGUUGGCACCUCGUGCGACUGGUAGCUUGGAUACCUGGCUGGCAUCCGAGACUGCGGUUGCGCGAGAGGGUAUUUUGGAUAACAUCGGUUCGAGUGGCGCGUAUGCGAAAAGCUCGGACUCGGGAAUCGUCAUUGCCAGUCCGAGUACAGACAGCCCUGAUUAUUAUUACACUUGGACUCGUGACUCGGCUUUAGUCAUGAAGACCCUGGUUGAUCUGUUCAAGAAUGGCGACACAGACUUGCUCACUGUCAUCGAAGAGUACAUAAGCUCCCAAGCCUACAUUCAGACCGUUUCCAAUCCCUCUGGGGGUCUCUCUAGUGGUGGGCUUGGUGAACCCAAGUUUAACGUCGACAAGACAGCGUAUACCGGUUCGUGGGGCCGUCCUCAGCGUGAUGGCCCUGCCCUCCGAGCUACUGCGAUGGUUGCUUUCGGGCAGUGGCUAAUUUCUAAUGGAUACACAUCCACGGCCACUGAUAUUGUCUGGCCUAUUGUUCGCAACGACCUUUCCUACGUUGCACAGAACUGGAACAGCUCUGGAUACGAUCUGUGGGAAGAGGUCAACGGCGAGUCAUUCUUCACAACAGCCGUCCAACACCGUGCCCUGGUCGAAGGCAGUAAAUUUGCUAGUCAGGUGGGAUCAUCCUGCUCGUACUGCGACUCUCAAGCACCCCAGGUCCUUUGUUUCCUGCAAUCUUACUGGACCGGCUCUUACACCCUGGCGAACUUUGGCAGCAGCCGUACCGGAAAGGAUGCAAACACCCUCCUCGGUAGUAUUCACACUUUCGAUCCCGAGGCGGGCUGUGAUGACUCCACCUUCCAGCCUUGCUCGGCUCGUGCUUUGGCAAACCACAAGGUAGUUACUGACUCAUUCCGAUCUAUCUACACUAUCAACUCGGGUAAGAGUGCGGGACAAGCUGUUGCAGUUGGUCGUUACCCCGAGGAUUCUUACUAUAAUGGUAACCCUUGGUACCUGUGCACGAUGGCUGCUGCUGAGCAACUCUAUGAUGCAUUGUAUCAGUGGAAUAAAGCUGGCUCUUUGACCAUCAGCAGUGUCUCUUUGAGUUUCUUCAAAGACUUGUAUAGCUCAGCUGCCACCGGUACUUAUUCAUCAAGCAGCACUGCGUACUCCUCAAUCGUCAGUGCGGUCAAGACAUAUGCCGAUGGCUACAUGAGCAUCGCGGAACAAUAUGCGUAUACAAAUGGCUCCAUGUCCGAACAGUUUCUCAGAGCUGAUGGAACCCCAGCGUCAGCCCGUGAUCUGACUUGGUCAUACGCAGCCCUGCUCACUGCAAACAUGCGCCGCAACUCGGUUGUUCCCGCGGCAUGGGGUGAGACCUCUGCAAGCAGUGUUCCAGGAACAUGCUCUGCAACUUCAGCUACGGGAACCUACAGCACUGCUACCAACACGAACUGGCCAAGCUCCUUGACAAGUGGAUCGGGAUCGACUACUACUGGCGGAACAACUACUAGCAAAAGUUCAACUACUACCACUUCCAAGACAAGCACUACGACCUCAUCAUGCACCACGCCAACCGCUGUGGCGGUCACUUUCGAUGUUAUCGCAACCACUGUAUACGGGGAGAACAUCAAGUUGGCUGGUUCUAUCUCUGCGCUUGGCAGCUGGGACACCAGCAGUGCUAUUGCCUUAAGUGCGAGUAAAUACACCAGCUCCAACAACCUGUGGUAUAUCACGGUCAAUCUGCCUGUUGGUCAAGUUUUCCAAUACAAGUAUAUUCGAGUUGCGAGCUCUGGUACAAUCACUUGGGAGAGCGAUCCGAAUCUCUCUUAUACAGUGCCAGCGGCCUGCGGCACGACCGCUGUGACAAUCAGCGAUACUUGGCGCUAG